AUGUUGGCUGAUGGUUCAACAUGCAUCGUGAUAUCCAACUCACAUUGUUUUGUACAAAUAACAGUUGAAAUGAUAAUUGAAAAUAAUGCUGUAAAAAAAAUGAUAGUUGAAAUGAUAGUUAAAGUGACAGUUAGCUACUAG